AUGGCUUGCUGCGGAAACCGAAAGAAGCAGGUUGUGGGGAUUGCUGACCAGAAAUGGGAAUAUAUCAAUCUUCGCGACUUUAAAAGCCGUGGAUGCGGAACUAUAUUCGCUUAUAUCUACCUGUGGCUUAUGCUUCUCGUUUCAGUUGCUGUCUAUGUUGUUGACAGUUUUACUGCCGUCAACCUACUCGUGUUCGAUCGUUGGUCUUCAAAGAUCGAUCCUGCCAUCUCUUUCGACGUUACGAAAUGGAUCUUCUCUAUUUGCAUUAUUCUCUCAUUCAUCAACCUGGCUUACGAGGGUUUCCGCGCCUUUCGGGUUAUCAGACGAGGCAAUGUUGCGGAAUCCUAUCUUGACAGCUUAGCUGUUCGAUGGGAAUCAAUUCGACUUGGUUCGCAAGGUUGGAAAAGAUUCCUAGUCUUUGCUGAACUCACAAAAAGUAAAGAAGGCGCACAAUACAUUGCCCUUUUCACAUAUUUCAACUUUCAAGCCUGGAUCCGAGUCAUCAUCUGCUCAGGUCCUCGUCAGGUCCUCAAUGCUUUCACACUCAAGUCAGUGUAUGAGGCGCAAUUGACGCCUACAGCAGACAAUGUGGGCGACUCCAUUACUGGAUUCUUCGAGAAGAUCAAGAUCCUUGCCGAAGAAGAUUAUCAACAGGCACUUAUUCUUUCAGGAAUGUGUUUUACUCUAAUUAUCUGGGUAUUUUCUGCGCUUUUCCUUCUCGCUGCCGUUCUGUUUUGGUUAUUCUUUCUGUACCAUUGGAUUCCUGCGGCCGACGGUGGUCUUUCUGGAUACUGCGAGCGAAAGGUCACCAAAGCAUUGAUGAAAAUUGUCACAAAGACCGUCAACAAAGCUCUAGCUAGGGAGGAGGCCAGCCGCUUCAAGGCUGAAAUCAAGGCGGCCAAGAAGAAUGGAGAGAAGCCUCACCUUGACCGAGCUGCCACCCUACCAACUUUGCCAAACGUCGGCCCAGUCACCAAGAUGGACCACCCGCCAAUGCUCAAUCGUAACGACACCAUGAUGACACUGCCGCCUUACACUUCACGCCCCGGUACGCCAGGUGGCAUGGAGAACACACCCCCAGCUUUAGAACGAACUUUGCCAUCUAGACAGGGCACUACGGCCUCUAUCGCGAGCUACGCAUCCCGAGCCACUUAUAGAUCUGGAGGUGGAUAUGGACGCAUUGCAUCCCCCGUGCCUGAUGUGCCUCCCAUUAACUACCAGGGACAGACUCAACCCCGAUCUAUCACUGACAGGCAUGAAAAUUUUGGGCCUUAUCCUCCAAAUCAAAUGGCGAUGGAUUCAAUGACAACUCUUCCUGGGCGAUUUACAGAGAGUCCUGGUCCAAUAAACUCUGACAUGGCGCCUUUCUUCCCUCCCCCGACUCGCGCUCCCAGCGCUCGCCCUAUGGAUACCUUUUCGCAGCCCAUGGGAACAUAUCCUUCGGCUCAGGCACCCCAGUACCAAGCUUACAAUCCUGGAGGUCACAUGAGCACAGCAUCAUCUGUGAACUCACAUCAGGGCGGAGCCGCAAUGCAGCGGCCCUUCAAUCCCCCAGUACGAAGUGCUACAGGGCCGAUGCCUUUCCGGGGACCUCCGCAAAGGAACUUGACGAACCCAAUGCCACCUCGCGCAGCAUCUGCGAGACCCGAAAGGGCUCCUCCGUAUAACUAUGACGUUGAAUCUCAAAGACCAGGUGGUUGUCAUUUACUACAAUUAUACGGAUCCUUUGUCAAUAACAACAUGCCCUCGGCGACAUCAGAAUGGCACGAUGGCGAACUAGCCGUGCAAAAGCAACUCAAAGUCCCUACAAGAAGAAACCCAACAUUUCCAGGUUUAGCACCCCAGUAUGGCAUGCGAGUGAUGCAGUCGCCCUUGGUAGCCCUCGGAACGCUAGAUAGCGAGGGUCGCCCAUGGACUACAGUAUGGGGUGGAGACCGGGGCUUUGCAAGACCAGUAGCUGAAGGCGUACUCGCGUUCAACAGCUCGGUUGAUACUCGCCAUGAUCCUGUUUUUAGAGCUCUAUGGGACGGGAUUGACGAUGACGGGGUGAAAGAAGGUACCAUUAACAGGCCGAAUGGAGGCGAAGGAAAGGGAAUGUCAGGAUUAUCCAUCGACUUGGAGACCAGAGAUCGCGUGAAGCUAGUAGGAAACAUGAUUGCUGGUGCCACAGUAGAGGAAGGCAAAGCAGUACAGAUGGCCAUGGCUGUGACUGAGAGUCUGGGUAACUGUCCGAAAUAUCUCAACAAAAAGGAUAUUGUGCCUAAUGAGAUGGCACCAGAGCUUGUUUCGGACAAGCUGCCCUUGUCACAGGAGGCCCUAGAACUGAUUGCAGGGGCAGACAUGUUCUUCUUGUCGAGCACAAAUGGGGUCACAAUGGACACAAAUCAUCGUGGAGGAAGUCCUGGAUUCAUGAGGAUUAUCAAAAAUGAAGAGGAUGGGCUGGACCUGAUAUAUCCAGAGUUCUCGGGCAAUAGACUAUAUCAGACACUCGGAAACUUCAGAGUGAAUCCACUGGUUGGCAUCGCUAUUCCGGAUUAUAAAACAGCCAACGUUCUUUACGCCACAGGCAGCGCAUCAACACUUGUUGGUGAUGAGGCUUCUUCUUAUCUUGCAAGAACAAAACUUGCGGUCAAGAUCUCAGUUACUGCUGCAAAGUUCGUCAAGUCGGGACUGCCUUUCCGAGGUGCACUGGGCGAAUACUCGCCUUACAACCCUCCUGUCCGUCACUUGCUCUCAGAACACGAUGCGCAUAUUGUCGAGGCCUCAUCAAAUGGUAUCACGGCAAGCUUGACUAAGCGUGAAGUUCUUGCGCCAUCCAUCGACCGAUACACCUUUGAGCUAUCUUCAGCAAAACCUAUCAAUGCAUGGCACGCAGGACAGUAUAUCACCCUGGACUUUGAGCAAGAAGUCUCGAGUGGCUACAGUCAUAUGGCUGAUCACGAUCCUCAAAGCAUUAACGAUGACUAUGUCCGAACGUUUACUGUGUCAAGCCCACCAGAAAACAAUAAAGAGGUACAAAUCACAACGAGGAAACAUGGUCCGGUAACGAACUUCCUGAGAAAGCACAACCCUCGUGUGCCUUUGGAGAUACCAGUGAUUGGCUUUGGCGGCGAAGAGGGUUUCCGCAUCCCUUUGGAACCGGAAGGCCCGCAAUCUGUCUUUAUCGCAGCUGGUGUAGGAAUUACGCCUGUCCUCGCACAGGCACCAGCUGUACUUCAACACAAAGCUCCAUUUGCGCUGCUCUGGACUCUACGCUACGAGGACUUACCACUCGCGAGUGACACGUUCUCAAGAAUUCCAGGGCUGUCAAAUGUGACUACGCUCUUCGUCACUGGUCAGCUGGACAAGGUGGACUUGUUAGAGGAGGCUGAGCGGGCUGGGACACGGGUAGUAAAACGGCGAAUAGGCGCUGAUGAUGUCGAGAGGUUCAAGGGCCAAAGCGCUCGUUUCUUUCUGUGCACAGCGCCAGCCCUGCUAGCUGCUCUGGAAGGCUGGUUGCUGGGAGAGAAGGUUGUCUGGGAGGACUUUGGAUAUUGA